AUCAUAACUAAUAUCAAGAAUCCUUGACAAAAAAAAAAAAAAAAACUUACCAAUCAAUGAAUUUUCCGGUUUGAUAAACUGUAUAUGGUUUGUUUGUAUGAACCGGUUUACUUUUGUUAUUUUCUCUGGUUAAGCUGUUACAUUUUCGGUAGAGCUUUUACCGCAUAAAAACAUCAUCAUCUCUAGAAAAAUAAUUUGAAUCAACGAAACAAACAAAGAGAUAUUCUCUCUAACAACUCUGUUCCCAUAAAUCGAAAUUCUAGGGUUCUGAUUCAAAUGAACUCCUCCCACUUCAUUCACAAAUUUCGCCACUCUUCUAACCGAGAAGACAUGGCCAACGAGGAAGAAGAAGAAUCACCCACGGAGCUAAACACGAUCAACAGCUCCGGCGGUUUCCUAAUCGUCUCUCCCGAUAAAGUCUCCCUCAAGUACACCGGCGCUGGCCAGCACGGUCACGACGUCGGCGUCGUUCAAGCGAAUAAGCCUGCUCCCUUCAAGCGUCACGCUUACUACUUCGAGAUGUACGUCAAAGAUGCUGGCGUUAAAGGAAGGGUUGCGAUUGGUUUCACUACUGAUAACUUCAAAACCGGAAGGCAUCCUGGAUGGGAACUCAACACUUGUGGGUAUCAUGGUGAAGAUGGACUUAUUUAUCUUGGGAAAAGACAAGGUGAAGCAUUUGGUCCGGCGUAUACAACCGGUGAUACGGUUGGUGCCGGUAUAAACUAUGAUUCUCAGGAGUUCUUUUUCACUGUAAAUGGAACUCUGGUAGGGACUGUCUCCAAGUACAUCAAGGGUCCUCUGUUUCCUACUGUCGCCGUACAUAGCCAAAACGAGGAGGUUACUGUUAACUUUGGGCUGGAGAAGUUUGCUUUUGAUUUUAAGGGGUAUGAGGUAUCGGAGAGGAAUAAGCAACAAAUAGCCAUUGAAAAGACAUCCAUACCACCGAACAUGAAUUAUAGGCUAGUAAAAAAUUACUUGCUUCAUUUUGGGUAUGAAGAGACUUUUCAAGCUUUCAACCUAGCUACUAAAAGUACAGUUCCUCCUAUCUACUUUGCUCAAGAAGACGGUGUUGAGGUGCAAGAUACAGCAUAUGCACUGAAUGAGAGGAAGAUCCUUAGACAGCUUAUAGGGAAGGGUGAGAUUGAUGCUGCUCUUGCUAAACUCAGGGAUUGCUAUCCCCAACUUGUACAGGAUGAUAAAUCAGAAGUUUGCUUCCUCCUUCGCUGUCAAAAGUUCAUUGAGUUAGUACGGAUUGGAGCAUUGGAAGUAGCUGUGAAAUAUGGAAGAGUGGAGUUAGAGUUCAUUGGUUUAAAUGUAUUCCAAGACAUUGUAGAGGAUUGCUUUGCUCUGCUUGUCUACGAACGUCCCCAAGAAUCAAACGUGGGAUAUUUCCUUGAAGCAUCUCAACGGGAAGUAGUGGCAGACGCCGUAAAUGCGGCGGUUUUAUCUACAAAUCCAAAACAUAAAGAUCGGUUGUAUUCUCAUCUUGAGACACUUCUCCGACAGUUAAUGGCUUGCUGUCUGGAACAGCGGUUAUUGAAUGAUGGUCAGGGAGAAUCAUUGUCGCUUAACCGGCUUCUUAAGAACAACAAUUGCAAAAGGAUAAAGAAAAGUGAUUAGCUUUAGACGUCUAUGUUUGGGAACAUAUUUGGUUUUGAUUGGUGGCGUUUGAACCGUUUUCUGGCUUACCAAUAUUAUUUAGAUGGUCAGAUGAAAUAGCAUAUAAAAUCAGCAAAAGUUGAAAUG